UAUGCUAACAAUGCAAUUUUUCUCUAGCCUACACAAUUAGGCGGCGCCAUCUCUUAAUUUACUCUUUCCCUCAAUUUUCCAACCCACCAAUUUUCUGGAAACCUAGACACACCACUGAAUAGGAUGCAGGUGAAGCAAAUCAUCUAUAAGGAGAUGAUGUGGAGGAAAGGUAGCAAGGUUUAAUGCUGUUCCAACCUUUAUGUACUGAAUGUCCAUGCCCCUGACGAACACGUCUGUAACCACACCCACAAUCUGGUUGAACCAAUCAGAGACGUUCUUCCAUUAGCCUGCUUCAGGAAUUUUUUUAUGCUUAUGCUUAUGCUCGCGAGAAACACGCACACACACACACACACACGUCUUCAUCAACAUCAUCAUCAUCACCAAAGCUGACCCCCUCAGCGGAGAAAAGUCAUGACGUUGCUUCAGAGAUCGCGCGCGCUUAUAGGAAGCAUCAAUUAGGCGUCAUAGUGUACUUAAGGAGCAGCGCGCGCUGCACUGCACACAUCACGCGCGUCUUUGUGCAAGAAAAAGACACGCUGGACGUUUUUUUUUCUCUCUCUCUGACCGAAUGCGUUCAAUAGGCAACAGGGAAAUAGAUAGAUUUCCCUUUUUGGAAGAAUUUUGUUUUCGCCUUUUGUUUAUUUAUUAUUAUUUAUUUUUUUUGCAUUGUCAGAUCUCUGAUAUGACGCGCGAGAGGUGACUACGUGUCGGUUCAGCGAGCUCUCCGCGCGGGUAUAACGUGUGGCACGGAUUGGAUGUUGGGUAUCAUUUGACGCGCUCUUUACGCGGAUUAUAUUUGCAUGCUAAGUUUUUUUGUGUGCGUGUGUGUGUCAGUUUUCCAUACCUAGGAUGGAGUGAGAGGAGACAGCACGCGAGGUAGGAAGAGCAAAUCAGAUCAAGCUCGAUCAACUGUGAUCAAGCGCACGCGGCAUUUCAAUUUUAUUUUAUUUUUUUUGCAUUCAUUUUGAACCAAAAUUUUUUUUUUUUUUUUUUUUUUUUAAAGCCCAGUGAUGGAGAGUGUGAGUCAGAGAGAGCGGGAGGACUGUAAUGUCUUUGAUGGUUGUUGAUUCCGAUGCCAGUUACCUGUUGGAUAUACCCGCAUGUCUAGGAUGGCUCGCUUCGGAGAUGAUGCGUCAGGGCGCUAUGGAGCUGCGCCGGGCGCGGGGAGAGGAGGCGCGCGGCCGGGAGGCGCUCCGAGGCUCUACAAGCAGUCGAUGGCUCAGAGAGCCCGGACCAUGGCUUUGUAUAACCCUAAGCAGACUAAGCAGAACUGUUUCACCGUCAACCGCUCGCUGUUCAUCUUCAGCGAGGACAACGUGAUCCGGAAAUACGCCAAGAGGAUCACCGAGUGGCCAUAUCCUCUCCCAUCAAGCCUGGCUCUGGAAAGUUGAUUAGAUAACCGUCUAAUUGCACUCUCAGAAAUUUCCCUGUAGCUCUGCUGGUACCAUGGUUUUGUUUUUGUUUUUUUACCUGUGGUAGGCUACUUAGGAAGGUGUACAGUAUGUAGUGUACUUUGGAUUAGCUUUUAGAAUAAAGCUUUAAAGGUACAUCAGUGGCCCUUAUAUAAUUAUGUACAUUAUUUAUUUUUUUUAAAGACAUAAUGAUACACACUUAAGCUGUGCCCUUAAUGGUACCACCCUAGCCACAAGGAAAAUGACAGUUUGGUACCGUCUUUUCUAUCGCGUAUACAAUUGCAUAUCCACAAAACUAUUGGCAAGAGAUUUAGAGACACUUACUUCAUACACAUGUUUAGGUUCACUUUUAUACACCAGUGGUUAUUUCAUUCAUUCUGCACUUUUCGUGCUUUAAUUUUUGUCUUUUUGGUGUGCACCAAGUGUGAAAUAUGUGACACUAAGGCAUACGCUAUUUCUAGAUCAACUUUAUAGGUCUAAAAGAGUUUUAAUUCUACAGAACAAAAAGGUACUAACCAUUCUUAACAUUCCUUGUCAUUGGGACUGUUCCCUGAAGCAUAGACUGGUGCAUGUAACCUAGUGUAUCUUUUAACACUAUGUACCUUAAAAUCGUUUUUAAAUGGUACACUCUAUCCAUGUGGUAUGUGAGUGUGCCCUGCGAUGGAUUGGCACCCUGUCCAGGGUGUACCCCGCCUUGUGCCCGAUGCUCCCUGGGAUAGGCUCCAGGUUUCCCCGUGACCCUGAAAAGGAUAAAGCGGUAUAGAAGAUGGAUAGAUGGAUGGAUGGAUGGACUCUAUCCAUGUUUCCAAGUUAAAGACGCAUAUUAAAUGUACAAAAAAUGACCACAGCAGGAACAAGGAAAAGUACAGGUUAAUACCCUUUUCUGAGACUCUAGGCUUUCGUCUUUGUCCCCUCAGGGUGUGUUACAAUUUGUACAUGAGACCUACAUGAAAAUAUAGCUUAUAUGAUAAUCUAGUCAGAGUAAAAUUAAGCAUAAUAAUAUGAAGAAGAAAAUGAAAGCAUGAAUGCAGACCCCGUGUAUAGCCUAUUAAAAAGCUUGUCUUUACCCCAUGCACUGCAUAAUUUAUGGUACUAUUUAGUAAAGUAGUAUGCAAGUGUGGGCGUAGCCAUGGUUACAGCAUGUCCACACAGUUGUAGGCAGCCGCAAAAAAACAAACAGCUGCACUCAUGAUUUACACCUGAUUUACACCAGGAAGUGAUUUUACCCGGAUAUUAGAGGAGUCCAAGUAAAAGUAGCACAAAGCAACAAUCCUUUCAUCCUGAUAGAUUUAAGUUGCUUUACUCAGAAGGUGCUAAGUGAAAUAUUAUUGGUGUGUAUACCUAGCUUUUUAAAGUCCAGGAGAUAAUGGAGACUGUUGGUGCUGGUUGUUGGGGCCGGAUUUGCGCCACACUUAUUGCUAAAUUACUAAAUUAUUUGCUUCACUCACUCAAGCGCCAUUGGGUUUGUUUCUCUGGAAAGGUGCUUUCCAUGGUACUGAAAUAUGCAGCUUGCAAGACAAGAAGCCAUGACGGGAAGUCAGUUAGGUGGACGGAUAGAUGGGUGUAUCUGCACUUUAAAAGCACUCUUCUCCAGAUCCUUUGGAAAAUCUCUUUGCCUUUUUUUUUUUUUUUCCGGAUGUGCUUGUUUUACCACAUCAAAUUCCUCAUUUCUAUUACUGUUUGCAUUUCACUGAACGCAUGUUGGACGGCCUGGUGGUUGCCACCUCACAGCUCCUUGGUUUGAUCCUGAGCUCCUGUUACUGUCUGUAUGGAGUUUUUCAUGUUCUCCUCACAUCCGUUUGGGCGUCCUCUGGGUUCUCUGGUUUCCUAGCGACUCCCAAAAACAUGCAUGUAGAAGGAUUGGCUAUGCUAAAUUGCCCAUAGGUCUGAAUGAGUGAUUGUGUGUCCCAAUGGAAAUCCCAUCCAAGGUGUAUUCCAACCUCAUGGCCAACGUUCCCGGGUUAGACUUUGGAUCCACACCCUGACCAGGAUAAUGCAGAAGACUGACUGACUGACUGACUGACCGACUGAAUGAAUGAACAAUUGAAUUCACAUUUCUGAAACAAUCUGGUUGCUACUUUUUUAACUCAAAAAAACAACAACAUAUGAAAUAGUAUCAUAUGAAUCAAAACGCAAUAUUCAGCCUGCGUGACUGGUGUGUGCCAUAGUAUUAGAUUUGCUACAACCCUAAAAACGCCCAAGGGAACAUCAAUUUAUGUAUGAAGUUUCAUUUCCUUAUAAUAUAGACAUUAUACUGUCUGUGCCUUCUCAAAACCCAUGAUGCAGCUAGCAUUGGACACACAAUUGGUCACAGAAAUAAAAUGACAGCCUUUUCUGAAACUGUACAGGCAGUGAAGUGAGCAAGUUUAUAUCAGGAAUAAAACUCGAUGGGGUAUGAUAUUAUAGGAGAUAAACAAGGGCAGGGUGAAAUGAUGCGGCCUGACAUGAAGCGUCGUUGAUCAUUUUCCAGUAACAGCAAGCAUUGAAGUGUUUUAUUCCUCUCAUACCACAUCAAUGGAGCAAGCAUGGAAAAUGAAUGGAUUGAAAUGAGUAGAAUGGAUCUUAGUCCUGGGAAGAACCAAAAUAUCCAACUGUCUACAACCCAACACAAUGUUUGUAAGGUAAUGUGGUUUGACAGGUAAUAAGGUUUGCGUGCAUCUUAACUAUCAUCCUAAGCACUUAAUUACAGAAUGUGCACUCAAUUAUCGAAGUCCUGACUCCCAACAGUUGUGUCGACGUCUGUAUGUAUUUUCAUCUAGGCAGGCUGAGAUAUACACAGUAGCCAAUUUACAGGAUUAUGUAUUAUGUAUGUAUUUAUAUGUAUUAAUAUGUAUUAAUUUACUCUGACCAGGUAUAUCAUCUUGAAUGAUCAGGAAAGGCUGUCAAGUGACAGAACACUAUCUUAUAUAUAGAAUUUCAAAGUGGAUUAUGUAGUAUGCACUGAUUUGUUAUCUCUUAUUACUAUACAAAAAGACACCAUGUACAACGUACACUUUUAUUCCGUCCUUCGAUUCAGGCACCUGCUCACCACCUGGCGAUGGUUAAAGUAAUCAAAUAUUGACUGUGCACACACAGAGCAGCGCAUGGUGUCAAUGCUCAAAACCGACUGUCAUGAUUGUCCAGGGUGCUUAUAUUAUCACAGAUUAUUUUUCUUGGAUAUAUAUGUAAUGUUUUAUCUGUGCAAUGGCUGUGCCGAUGUUUUCCUUGACCUACACACUCCAUUUGAAUACAUGAUCCUUGCGACCAUCAUUGCCAACUGUAUUGUACUGGCACUGGAGCAACAUCUGCCAGCUUAUGACAAGACGCCCAUGUCAGUACGACUGGACGACACAGAGCACUACUUUAUCGGGAUAUUCUGUUUCGAGGCUGGCAUUAAGAUCAUCGCCCUUGGCUUUGUCUUUCACAAAGGCUCCUACCUUCGCAACGGCUGGAACGUAAUGGACUUCGUGGUUGUCCUCACCGGGAUUUUGGCCAAGGUGGGUUCAGACUUUGACCUGAGGACGUUGCGGGCCGUGCGAGUGCUGAGACCUCUCAAACUGGUGUCAGGAAUUCCUAGUCUACAGGUGGUGUUGAAGUCCAUAAUGAAGGCCAUGGUUCCUCUGCUGCAGAUCGGCCUGCUGCUCUUCUUUGCCAUUGUCAUGUUCGCCAUUAUAGGAGUGGAGCUCUACAUGGGCAAGUUUCAGAAGACCUGCUUCAAAAACGGGACAGAAGAGCUGGCAGCAGAUCACCCAUGUGGCUCGGAGCUUUCAUCUAGGCAGUGUCCCAAUGGCACGGAGUGUAAGAAAGGCAGUGCGUGGAAAGGACCGAACCACGGAAUCACUAACUUUGACAACAUCUUGUUCGCCAUACUUACCGUCUUCCAGUGCAUCACCAUGGAAGGAUGGACCGAUAUUCUUUACGAUACCAAUGACGCCUUGGGCAACGCGUGGAACUGGAUGUACUUCAUCCCCCUCAUCAUCAUCGGCUCCUUCUUCAUGCUCAACCUGGUUCUCGGCGUCUUAUCGGGAGAGUUUGCCAAAGAAAGAGAGCGUGUAGAGAAGAGACAGGAGUUUCUGAAGCUACGCAGGCAACAACAAAUUGAGAGAGAGUUGACUGGCUACCUGGAGUGGAUCUGUAAGGCAGAGGAGGUGCUGCUGGCUGAGGAAGAUCAGAACGCAGAAGAGAAAUCUCCACUGGAUGGAGCGUGGUACAAGAGGAAACAGAACAACCCAGUGCUGAAAAGAGCCAAGGUCAAGAAGGGGAAGAAUGACCUCAUCGGUGCCGAGGAGGCGCCCCCUGGUUCUCCCUUUGCCCGAGCCAGCGUGAAAAGCAGCAAGAACGACAGCUCGUCGUACUUCCGUCGCAAAGAGAAACGAGUGCGCUUCUUCAUUCGCCGCAUGGUGAAAGCCCAAAGCUUCUACUGGAUUGUGUUGUGUAUAGUGGGCUUGAACACGCUGUGCGUGGCCAUCGUUCACUACGAUCAGCCUGAGGGGCUCACCCAAGCACUGUACCUGACCGAGUUUGUGUUCCUGGGACUGUUUCUAUCUGAGAUGACUCUGAAGAUGUACGGCUUGGGGCCCCGGAACUACUUUCACUCCUCAUUCAACUGCUUUGACUUUGGGGUCAUCAUAGGGAGUAUAUUUGAGGUGGUGUGGGCAGUCAUCCAACCAGGAGCCUCUUUCGGUAUUAGCGUCUUGAGGGCUCUGCGCUUGCUCCGAAUAUUUAAAGUGACCAAGUAUUGGAACUCUUUGAGGAAUCUGGUGGUGUCUCUGCUCAACUCAAUGAAAUCCAUCAUCAGCUUGCUGUUCCUCCUCUUCCUCUUCAUUGUGGUUUUUGCCUUGCUGGGCAUGCAGAUCUUUGGAGGACAGUUUAAUUUUGAUGACGAAACACCCACUACAAAUUUUGACAACUUCCCCGCAGCCAUAAUGACCGUCUUCCAGAUUUUGACAGGAGAAGACUGGAAUGCAGUGAUGUAUCAUGGGAUUGUCUCUCAGGGCGGCGUCCCAUUUGGGAUGUUCUCCUCCGUUUACUUUAUCAUUCUUACUCUCUUUGGAAACUACACUCUUCUUAAUGUAUUCUUGGCUAUCGCUGUCGAUAACCUUGCCAAUGCUCAGGAGCUGACGAAGGACGAGGAGGAGCAAGAGGAGGCAGCCAAAAAGAGCAUCGCACUGCAGAAGGCCAUGGAGGUGAAGGAGGUCAGCCCGAUGUCAGCAGCUAACAUUUCCAUCGCAGCUUUUGUAAAGCAAAAUCGAGAUGUGCUCUCUCGCAGCUCUUCCGUCAGCAGCGUUCACUCACUCAAGGAGCAGCAGCGCUCUCUGCAGAAGAUGUCUAUCUGGGAGCAGCGAACUUCGCAACUACGUCGCCACAACUUACGCAACAGCAGUGAAGCACUCUUCAACGAGCUGGAGCCUGAGGAUCGGCUGCGCAUGUCCUCAGCGCUACACCUGCAGCCUGACAUGAAGGCGCACCACGAUCGGCCCUUGCUGGUGGAGAAAUCGCACCCUCCGGAGGGCAGGGACACCCCGGAGGAGGCACUUCCACACAAACACCACCGGUGCCGUGGAGAGAAUGGUGACGCAGGAGAAGGACGCCGCCAUCGGCACCACCGCAGUGGUGAACACAGAGGGCAUCAGGAUGGAGCACACAGGAACCAGGCGGAGGAUGGCGAUGAUGAUAGGGAGCACCGUCACCACCAUUCUCAACGGUCAAGAGAGACUGAUGGUGAUGGCAGUAAUGGAGUGAAAGGAGAGCGAAAUCCGAGAGGGCACAGAGAGGGUGAAACAGGGAAUGGUGAGAGGAGGAGACACAGGCCUCGCGUCAAAACCCAAACCACAUUUGACAAGGAGGAGAGCAGGGACAACAAAGAGAGAGAUACACCAAGCCACAGGGACAGGCUUACGGAUGCAGAGGGUGAUGGUUUGAGUUCAAGUCCUGCACCAUCUCCUACUGAGAGACAAGAGGACUCAGAUAACCUAAAAAACAGCACCAAGGCUAAAUCAACUGCAGUCAGCAUCCCUGUUACCAUCACUGCCCCACCAGGAGACACCACCAUCAUUCCCAUGAACAACAUAGAUGGUGAGAGCUUGCUCCUGAAUGAGGAAAAGAUGGAGCUGGAUGAGCUGAAUCAGAAUGCUCCCAAACACAUUUUACCCUACAGCUCCAUGUUUGUGUUUGGUCAGUCCAAUCCUGUCCGGAGGUUGUGUCACUACGUGGUGAACAUGCGUUACUUUGAGAUGUGCAUUCUUGUGGUGAUUACCAUGAGCAGCAUCGCACUGGCUGCAGAAGACCCUGUGAAUGCUGGUGCUUUUCGGAAUAACGUGCUAAAAUAUUUAGAUUACAUCUUCACUGGUGUGUUCACAUUUGAAAUGGUGAUAAAGAUGAUUGACCUCGGGCUGCUUCUACACCCGGGCUCGUACUUCAGAGACCUGUGGAAUAUUCUCGACUUCAUUGUGGUCAGCGGUGCCCUGGUGGCUUUUGCCUGCUCAGGCACCAAAGGCAAGGACAUCAACACCAUCAAGUCCCUCAGGGUCCUCCGAGUGCUCCGACCUCUGAAGACCAUCAAAAGGCUACCUAAACUCAAGGCGGUGUUUGACUGCGUGGUGAACUCUCUGAAGAACGUCCUCAACAUUCUCAUUGUCUACAUCCUCUUCAUGUUCAUCUUUGCCGUUAUUGCCGUGCAGCUCUUCAAGGGAAGGUUCUUCUACUGCACAGACGAAUCCAAAGCCUUUGAGAAGGAGUGCAGGGGUCAGUUUCUGGAUUACGACGGAGACAAGGUGGAAGCCAAGGCACGUGAAUGGAAAAAGUACGAUUUUCACUAUGACAACGUGCUGUGGGCUUUCCUCACUCUCUUCACCGUUUCCACAGGAGAGGGUUGGCCUACGGUGCUGAAACACUCUGUAGAUGCCACGUAUGAAGACCAAGGUCCAAGCCCAGGCUACCGCAUGGAGACAUCCAUCUUUUAUGUGGUCUACUUUGUGGUCUUCCCGUUUUUCUUCGUCAACAUUUUCGUCGCCUUGAUCAUCAUCACGUUCCAGGAGCAAGGGGACAAAGCCAUGUCUGAGUGCAGCUUGGAGAAGAAUGAGCGGGCGUGCAUUGACUUUGCCAUUAAUGCCAAGCCCCUGACUCGCUACAUGCCCCAGGAUAAGCAGUCCUUCCAGUACAAGAUGUGGAAGUUCGUGGUUUCAACGCCGUUUGAAUAUUCCAUCCUGACUAUGAUUGCAAUCAAUACUGUGGUGCUCAUGAUGAAGUUCUAUACCGAAUCGAAGGCUUAUGAGGACAUGCUGAAGUGGCUGAACAUCAUCUUCACUGCCCUUUUCACCCUGGAAUGUAUCCUAAAGAUCAUCGCUUUUGGGCUGCUGAACUAUCUGAGGGAAGCCUGGAACAUAUUCGACUUUGUAACAGUACUGGGCAGUAUCACGGACAUCCUGUUUACUGAAAUUAAGCAGAACAAGCUGAUUAACCUUAGCUUUCUGAGGCUGUUUCGAGCGGCUCGACUCAUCAAGCUCCUGAGGCAAGGCUACACCAUCCGUAUCCUGCUCUGGACCUUUGUCCAGUCUUUUAAGGCACUGCCCUAUGUGUGUCUGCUCAUUGCCAUGCUCUUCUUUAUCUACGCCAUCAUUGGGAUGCAGGUGUUUGGAAACAUUGAGUUGAAUGACGAAUCAGCAAUCAACCAACACAACAACUUCCAGACCUUCUUUCAGGCACUCAUGCUACUCUUCAGGAGCGCCACGGGUGAGGCGUGGCAUGAGAUUAUGCUGUCGUGUUUGGGUGGCAAGAAAUGCGACAAGCUCUCAGGCUCCAAUGACAAUGGGUGUGGCAGUGAUUUUGCGUACUUCUAUUUCGUCUCCUUCAUCUUCCUGUGCUCCUUCCUGAUGCUGAAUUUGUUCGUGGCUGUCAUCAUGGACAACUUUGAGUACUUGACACGAGAUGCUUCCAUCCUCGGACCUCACCAUCUGGACGAGUUCAUCCGCGUCUGGGCAGAUUACGACCCUGCUGCCUGUGGGCGCAUAUCCUACCUCGAUAUGUACGAAAUGCUACGUCACAUGUCCCCUCCGCUAGGUUUGGGAAAGAAAUGUCCAUCGCGAGUUGCCUACAAGCGCUUGGUGAGGAUGAACAUGCCCAUUGCUGAUGACAACACAGUCCACUUCACGUCCACUUUGAUGGCUCUCAUCCGCACCGCCCUGGAUAUCAAACUGGCAUCAGGUGUUCUUGCCCAGCGUCUCUGUGAUAUUCACUUGAGGAGGGAGAUUAAUAAAGUGUGGCCCAGCCUGCCAUCAAAAACUGUGGACUUGCUGGUAACACCUCAUAAACAUAAGGAGUUGACGGUUGGGAAGGUGUAUGCUGCGCUCAUGAUCUUUGAUUACUACAAGCAGAACCGGGCCAAAAGACUCCAGGAGCAGCAGCCCACUUCAGGCGCACUGAGUAAAAUGGGGUCUCUCUUCAAGCCCAUGUUGCCCCUCACCCACAUACACGAACACGAAGAGCCAUCAUUCAAGAGUGCCAAACUGCCACCUCCUUCUCAAACCGAUUCAUCUCCACAUCCCGAGUUCCCGCCCACAACCCCAUUCAUGACCAAUGGAGAGCCAGUAAAAAGCAGUACCAUGAUGAAUUCACCUUCAGCAGAGACUCUUCAGAAGGGCAGGAAUUCCAUCCAUUCAGAAGAUGUGCCAAAAACUGAAUCUCAGGAAUUAGUAGAGAUGACGGAUAUGGAGAAUAAUUCUGAUGUAGGGGGCUUCUCCACACUGGAGGGCCACGGGAGGGCAGCUUCAAUGCCCAGACUUAGUGCAGGCUUCCAGCGGAGCCAGUUGCGCCACACCACCGGGAUAUACCUAGCACCCAUCAUGGACGGCAGUCCCAUGCGGCGCUCAGCCUCCUCUUUGGCUUCGCAGAGAGGAGGGACAGAGUUGAAUUUGAGGGAAUAUGCAUUGGAGCGGCCCCCAGCGGUACAGACUCAGGAGAAAGAGCGAGACAGAGCGCACCAACAUCAUCAUCAUCAUCGAUGUCACCGCCGCAGAGACAAGAAGCAUAAAUCCCUGGACCGAGCUAUCAGUGAGGAACAGCCUGGCUCUGUGGACACAACGGCGGAUCUGAGCAAUGAGCCACGGGAACGGGCGCGCGAACGGGAGCGGGACCGAGGUCGCUCUCAUGAGAGGAAGCACCAGUCGUCCUUGGCCACUGACAGAAAGCAGCGUUACUAUUCCUGCGAUCGCUAUGGAACCAUAGAGCACUGUCACAGCCGAUCACCUGGGCCAAGCAGAUCUACAUCACCAGGAGAUCCACAAGAACCCAACAGAUUCAAAACGCAGGGCGUUAACUCCGCUAAGGGCAGCCCGGUGGUCUUCACCUCAGGCUCCAGUACACCGUGUCGUGGAAGGAGACAGCUCCCUCAGACGCCACUCACCCCAAGGCCUGCAGUGUCCUUUAAGUCUACCAGCUCCUCCACACUGCAGAUGGCAGCCACCCGCUCAUCCAGACCAGUCCCCACCUACCUAAGCCGAGGACAGUCGGAGCACGACGCCCUGCUCGGCAUCACUCACCAACCAUCUCCUGUGCCUGUCACUCGGAUCGGAUCUGACCCCAACCUCGGCCCCUUGCAGCGAGACCCCCACCUGUCAGAGGCCGAAGAUUUCCACGAUGCUUUGAGCACCUACAGCUCAGGACGUUUUCCAAGGACAGUCUCUGCCACCCAUUCAUCCACUGGGGUGGUGCCGUCCAUGCUUCAGCAGAGCCGGAGUGGAGUGCCAAACGGGUACCACUUCACCCUGGGCGUUAGUACAUCUCUGGGCUCCAGUGCCAGGAUUUCCCCAAGCUAUCAGGAUACAGAGAAAGAUGACUGGUGCUGACGAAAUGGUGACCAGUAUAUGUCUUAAAUGUGUCUUUACAAAAGUGCAGGAUGAGUUUUAUCAUCUUUGCCUCAAGAUAGUCAUACAUUUGAGUCAUGCCUGUGUGAAGAUAGAAUGGAAGCUUGAGGAGAGCUAGAAGACCGGAUAGUUAUUAAUUUUUUCAUGAAUGUGGCAUGACGACACUCUGUCUUGUCGAGAUGGUUCUCUCAACACAGAUUGUGACAAUAUGAGUGCCAUGAUGAAUUUGAUAACCCAAGGUGAGCACUGUCUGCCACUGAAGAGGAGAAAUAGUUCAGUUAUGUCCUCAGUGCUAACAAACUCUGCUCUCCGCUCUCUGGAAUCAUAUUAAUAGGGCUAAACUCGGCAGAGGGGCAGAGGGCAGAGAGAUACAGCCAUGUUUGAUUAGAAAGCACAAUCUAUAAUGAAAGUGCAGGACUUCUGCUCAUCCAUAUGGUAUUGUUAAGAACCUGGGCCUCUCUUUAGUUCGUAAAAAAGGUUAUACAUCCUUGGUUUUGUCCAGACUUCUUUGUCUUAACAAUUCUUUCCCCGCUGCUGCUUUAUGCUGUUUCUUCCUCUUGUAAGUGGCACAGAUAAAAUGCUCCCAGUAGCUAAAAAAAACAACAACAACAACAAAAAAAAAAACACGCCAAAUUGUAAUUAGUUUUAUAAGAGAUUCUAGUAGAGUGAGCAUCUUUUCAUAGCAUUCCUUUUUGUACCUUGUACAUGACGUGUGUAGCUGGGUGUCCUGUAAGGUCUACUUUGUUUUUUUUUUUUUUUUUAAAUACUAUAUUACCCGCAAAGUGGUAAAAUACCAAGUGCCUAACCUUUGAGGUUAAUUACUGUAUGGGUAUAAUGUAUCGUGAGGCAUUAUAACCUGAGAAAGGCAAAUACUGGAUACUGUACACAGUAGGUAAAAUGUCACAGAUCUUUUGUUCCUUAUAUGUAUCAUAGCAUGUUAUGAAGACAGAGAUGAUGGCGUUGCACAAAAGAGAGAAUAUACGUGAGAUUUUAAUAGUUGUUUGUGUGAAAUUAUUUAGACAUGUUAGUAAGAAAUCUGUAAACUGCAGGGGCGAUCAGCAACGUAGCUUCGAGAAGGUACUGUAACUACGAACUAAAGACACUGAAAUGUCACUGCGUUUUCACUACGUCUGAAUUGAAUGCAUGUUAGGAGUUUUUACACAUGGUGUUGGUGGUGUUGUAACAUUGCAGUGUGUGAUGUACAUUUUAUUUUGCCAAAGAGUACAAGAGCUCUUGCCUUUCUAGUAUUAGACUGAAUUAAUUACAUGGAGUCAAGAGAGACUUAAUAUGUUUCGAUAGGAAUAAUAAAUUACAUUCCAUGUAUGUG